GUGCCACGAGAUGAAAAAGGUUGAAAAUCACUGCCAUAUAGCAUCAUGGUUAAGAGCUAGGGCUCAACAGUCUUGAGGCCUGUUGCUAACUAUUAUUAUUAGCUACGUGAUCUUGGACAACUUAGCCUCUGAAUAUCAUUUGUAAAAUGCAGAUAAAAAUAAUUCCUACCUCAUGGAUUUGUAAUGUAUUAUGGAUACUAAAUACCAUAAAACAACACAUGGAAAAAUUGCUUGGCAUGUUGUAAACUCAAAGUUUGCUGAUGUUAAGACUUCUUGGAGGAAGAAGGGAUAAUUGGGUGGGAGAGAUAAGCUCAGAAUUUGACUACAGGGAAGGAUAGAGGUUAGACCAGUAGGGGGAAGGGAAAGGGUAUUCCUGCAUAGAGAGGAGCUUUGAGCUAAUGUCCAUGGAGAGACUUAUUUUAUGUCUGAGAAUUAUACAGAGAGCAGCUGUUUGCAGUGGUGCAGGGAAUACAGAAUGGGAUUUGUGGGGGUAAAUUUGAAGAACUUUGGGGGUUUAGAAAGUUGAUUGUGGAGGACGCUGAGUGCUAGGCUAAGAUAUAUGGACUUCCCCAUUGCACUGGGGAGACGUUGAUGCCUCCUGAAUGUGUGUGUUGGGGGUAGAGGAAUGGGGUGGCGUAACAUUUCCAACAGUGUCUUAGGAGAUGAUUCUAGCUACAUAUGCAGGAACCUUAGAGAUGGGAGCCGAAAAAACUGGAGUCAGAAAGAUGUCACAACUCUGCAGAUGGACAUGGUUGUCUGUAUCUAGGGAUGAAGAAACUGAGGCUUUAAGAAGGCUGCAUUACUUGUUCCAGGGGAUACAGUGAGUAAACUCUCUAAGAAGUAGAUGUUAUCCAUAAUCCCAUUUGACUGAUGAGGAAACUGAGAUUCUAAGAAGGCACCCAAAUUGGCCAAAAACUUCUGUGUCUGCCAUCUGGCAACUGGGGACAUGCUGAGGGCCAUGGUGGCUUCUGGCUCAGAGCUAGGGAAAAAGCUGAAGGCAACUAUGGAUGCCGGGAAGCUGGUGAGUGAUGAAAUGGUCGUGGAACUCAUUGAGAAGAAUUUGGACACCCCUCCAUGCAAAAAUGGUUUUCUUCUAGACGGCUUCCCCCGGACUGUGAGGCAGGCAGAAAUGCUUGACGACCUCAUGGAGAAGAGGAAAGAGAAGCUUGAUUCUGUGAUUGAAUUCCGCAUCCCAGACUCCCUGCUGAUCCGGAGAAUUACAGGAAGGCUGAUUCACCCCCUGAGUGGCCGUUCCUACCACGAGGAGUUCAACCCCCCAAAGGAGCCCAUGAAAGAUGACAUCACUGGGGAACCAUUGAUCCGAAGAUCAGAUGAUAAUGAGAAGGCCUUGAAAAUCCGCCUGGAGGGCUAUCACACGCAGACUACCCCGCUGGUGGAAUACUACAGGAAACGGGGGAUCCACGCUGCCAUCGACGCCUCCCAGACCCCUGAUGUCGUGUUUGCGAGCAUUCUAGCAGCCUUCUCCAAAGCCACAUAUCCAAUCCUUCGCCCCUUACUUCAUGAUGAUGGUGGCCACAGACUCCCCAAGAAAAGAUCACCCAAAAAUAAAAUCACCUAUGACAGUAACCAACUUUAUGCCUAACCUCAGCUCCCCAACUGUAAAGCAUUUCCCGGGUUCCAUACUGUGCCUUUUGGUCUCUGGUGUGAUUCGUGGCAAAUGGACAAAUUAACAGCCUGCUGUGAGGGACCAUGAAAGCCGCAGCCUCAGGAAAAACCAUUAGAAAAUCAGUGGCAGGUCCAGUAAAUAAUGCCUCCUGCCCUGGCAUCAUCUGCUGACUCAGUGCAGUGACUCUCAAGUGCCCAGUGCCCCCUGUCUGAACUCUCCUGCUCUCUUGGGACCACCAGGGGCUUGUCCUCUGCCUGGCAGCUGAACGUGGGUACGUGGCUGUCUUGCUUCUCUCUCUCUUUCUGGUUCGAGUGUCUGCUGGCUCUGCUCUUCCUUGUGUCCCUGCCUGUAAACUAACUCCGCCCAGUCUGGUGUGUGGUGUUUCUGGGAAGGAGUGAAACCAAAACUGUCAGCUGUCUGCAGGGAAUGGGAUCCUGGUCUGAUUGAGGUGGCCUCGUGAAUCUUGGAGUCUGCUCCACUCUGACUGGGGACAGUUGCAGGCACUUGGUCUCAAAGUUGAGGUCCUUGAAUGUUUGUAACGUGCAUGAUCCUUGCUUCAGUAUUUGUCAUCCUUCCAUAUACAUUUACCUGUGCGCGUACACACACAACACGUGUGUGUGAUAUUUGGGCUGUGGGUAUAAACUAGAUGUGGGGAAUGUGUAUGCCUUUUGGGGGGUGAUUAGGAUUCAAUUUUUGCUUCAUUUAAUUCCAGAGCCUUAACCUCGGCAAGCAUGAGAGCUUUCACCUGGCAAAGAAAUGUCCGGUGUUUCAUGCAUUUGGUUGCUGGGGCGUGCAUGCCAGCCUUCUCUGAUGUUUACUUAGUUUUUAAAAACCCAUUUUGUUCUCUCUUGUUUUCCUCUCUA